UAAUGCAGCGCAAUUUAAUGAAUCUUCUACUUACUUAAUGGGCUGGCUUAGAGAUUAUCUAUGGUUAAACUCAUCUCAGUUAAUUAAUGGAUACAACCCAUUCGGUAUGAACAGUUUGUCUGUAUGGGCUUGGAUGUUCUUAUUUGGACACCUUGUUUGGGCUACAGGUUUCAUGUUCUUGAUCUCUUGGCGUGGUUAUUGGCAAGAAUUGAUCGAGACAUUAGCUUGGGCUCAUGAACGUACUCCAUUAGCUAAUCUUGUGCGUUGGAAAGAUAAACCAGUAGCUCUUUCUAUUGUGCAAGCUAGAUUAGUAGGAUUAGCUCAUUUCUCUGUAGGUUAUGUAUUUACCUAUGCUGCUUUCCUAAUUGCAUCUACCUCAGGUAAAUUCGGUUAAGGAUAUGUCAACAUCAUAACUGCUUACUAUUUUGU